CAUACUUUUAUCUGUAGGAGCUAAAGCAGAUGACCCUUCCAGGCUAUCAUUUGAGUAAGCUAGGUGAAUACUACUAUCUUGUGGUAGAUCCUGAGUCUGAAGAACACAUGCAUCGUCCAUUUGGAUCUCUUGUACCUCCACUGGGUCUUGCUAGCAGGGACUUGAGGAUUCCACAGCAUCCACAUAGUGAUGACAAUACAGUGCUGAAGAAGGCUAGCUGGGAUUUACAGAAUCUAGUACUUCCUCUUUUGGAUCAGAAUUUCAACAGGGGACUGUUGAGAAGACAAAACAAAUCUGGUGAAACGGAGGAUGAUAACCAGAUUAUGGGAAUGCCACCGAUAUUGGACAGGCUAGAUACUGAUCAUAAAUGUGUUGAUUCUGUUAAUCAAGCAAUCAGAGAUGAAGACAAGGGUACAGAAACUGAAGAAAAUGAAACCACUGAUUUAACCCGAUCACGGCCAGUGAGAAAAGUAUCUUCCAAAAACCUGAAGGAUAAGUCACAUAGUGCCUCAAGGUCUGCAUCAGUUGCACCAGAAGAGUCUUCAGCUCAAAGUGCUUCAAGGUCUACAUCAGUGGUACCUGGAGAGUCUUCAACUAUGGUUUCUGAAUCUGUGUCAAGUGACAAGAUAAUAUUUCAUGAAACAGGCAUAACAGAGGCUCCUGUUAUUUUCUCCCCAGAAAUAACAUUUAUAAAGAACAAAAAUGAAUUAAAACCUGGAGAGCAGCUGCCAAUUUUACUCGGUGCAGUUGAUAGUGUUACCAGUGGCAGUGCUAUUCGAGAUAGGUCUGACAGCAUUAAUUCCUUCACUGGUGAAUCCCAUCCUGUUGAGAUUCCUGGAAAUCCUGCUCAUCCAGCAGUACAGCAGCUACAGGGAACACAGGAUUCCUUACGUUCCACUCCAGUUUUGUUCCAUGAUGCUGAAAUCUCCAGUUUUAUUGGUAGUGAACAUGUUAGCAAUACUGAAGAUGGUUAUGAGGGGGACAGUAGUGAUUCUGCUAGUGACUGGGAUUGGUUGAAUGCUCUUGACACCAGACGUCCUCUUAUGCCAAGAUUUUGGUUUAUUCUGAAAGUUCUACAGGAUUGUGUUUAUGUGUACUGUCAUAUACGUCACAGAGAACAAGAAGAUGAUGAGCUUCGGCAGUGUAAGGAGAUUUUUUCACAAGUUGUACAGAUCAUUAAAGAUAUAUGCAAGGUUGUCAACCAGACUCUUCUUCUUCAAGACUUGCAUGAAUCACGUAUGUGUAACCAGUUGCUGGUACCAGAAGCUAGUGAAGACAUAUGGAAGCAUGAAGGAGGAUUAUUAUCCUCAGGAAAAGUAUCUCACAUGUAUGGGCAUAGUAUCUUUGGAGCAGAUGAACAUGAUGCACCAGAACAACAAAGCUACUUAGAAGCUACCAUGAAGUUCAUGCCUGGAACAUUUGAUUGUGGAAUUGUUUGGGAAACUCACUUCACUCUUCAUCCUAGGUUGAAUACAGGACCAGGUCACACUGUUGUUUCAAGAGGGAUCCGAGCUCUCCGGGCAGUGCUGAAUACAUUUUCUGUCAAUAAUAGGAAGAAUAUGUUUGUAUAUCAAGAAAGAUCUGGAUCUGUAUUCUAUCUGAGACUGAAUGAAACAUUUUGCCAAGGACAUUCAGGGUAUGGACUAAGCAAGCGGGAAGAUGAAAGCUCACUUUCAGGUUUGUGUUUCUAUUAA